GGACCUUCCUCCAAUCACAGCGCCCCACUUGGACAGCAUCUCCAGCAUUCCCCUCUUCCCUCAAUUCCGUCCCCCUUCAUUCUUCCAUCGUUUUAUUUAAUCUUCAUCUUCCCUUCCCAUUGUUUUGCCUCCGGACUUACAAACGAACCGAGAACCAAACACUGCAACUUUCUUUUGUUUGUCUUUCAUGGCGCUUUCUGUUUCUUCUUCUUCAAUUUCUUCUUCUUCUAAUUUUCACCAUUUUGCCGCUUCCUCCUCUGAGCCUAAAGUUCCGCGAAUUGGUUCUGUUCAGCUGCUGCAUCGGCCACAUGUUUUAUCUUCUGGAGUAAAUUAUUCACAAAUUACAGGAUGCUCGGUGGUGAAGCCUAUGAAUGCGCAAUCCAAACGGGAUGAUUCGCUUGUGCCGUUUGUGGCGAACACUCUUGCUGCUGAGGUGGCAGAGAAGACGGAGAUUGUGGACUACGAUGGAUUAGCCAGAGACCUUGAAAAUGCUUCCCCUCUGGAAAUAAUGGACCAAGCUCUUGAGAAAUUUGGUGACGAUAUUGCGAUUGCUUUCAGUGGUGCGGAAGAUGUUGCAUUGAUUGAAUAUGCUCGUUUGACUGGUCGACCAUUUAGAGUGUUUAGUCUAGACACAGGGAGGUUGAAUUCAGAAACAUACCAAUUCUUUGAUGCAGUGGAGAAACAUUAUGGCAUUCAUAUAGAGUAUAUGUUCCCUGAUGCUGUUGAAGUUCAGGGUUUAGUAAGGAACAAAGGGCUGUUUUCAUUCUACGACGAUGGCCACCAGGAGUGCUGCCGAGUAAGGAAAGUGAGGCCACUUAGGAGGGCUUUAAAGGGACUAAGAGCUUGGAUCACUGGACAAAGAAAAGAUCAAUCUCCUGGAACUAGAUCAGAUGUUCCUGUUGUCCAAGUUGAUCCUGUUUUUGAAGGAUUGGAUGGUGGCAUUGGGAGCCUGAUUAAGUGGAACCCUGUUGCCAACGUCCAUGGUAAAGACAUAUGGAACUUCUUGCGGACCAUGAAUGUGCCUGUCAACUCUUUGCAUUCUCAAGGAUAUGUCUCAAUUGGAUGUGAGCCUUGUACAAGGCCUGUUCUUCCAGGGCAACAUGAAAGAGAAGGAAGAUGGUGGUGGGAGGAUUCCAAGGCCAAGGAAUGCGGUCUUCACAAAGGAAACCUUAAACAGGGAGAUGUUCCCCAGUUGAAUGGCAAUGGAAAUGAAAUUCCCCCUGUUAAUGACAUCUUCAUCUCCCAAGAUUUGGUGAACCUGAACAGAACAGGAAUGGAAAACUUGGCAAGGCUGGAUAACAGGAAAGAACCGUGGCUUGUUGUUCUUUACGCACCUUGGUGCCAAUUCUGUCAGGCUAUGGAAGGGUCAUAUGUUGAAUUGGCUGAGAAGUUAGCAGGAAGCGGAGUGAAAGUUGGGAAGUUCAGAGCUGACGGUGAGCAGAAGCAAUUCGCCAAACAAGAGCUGCAGUUAGGCUCAUUCCCCACAAUACUCUUCUUCCCCAAACACUCAUCUAAAGCAAUCAAAUACCCAUCUGAGAAGAGGGAUGUUGAGUCGUUGAUGGCCUUUGUGAAUGCCCUACGUUGAAGCAAAGUUCAAGUCCUGAAUAUUCUCAAUCACACUCGGCUGCGCCAUCUAUGAAGCUAAAAUCUCCUGCAGAGGCUCCAACCUUUUGUUAGAUUGGAAGAUGAGAUUAAAAUCAAAGCUUGGGCAUGCUUUUUCAGCAGAGAGCGAGCAUUCGGUCAUGAAAAGUAGGAUUUUGUUCGUCAUUUGUGAUAUAGCAGAUGUAUAUAUACCAGUUUUUCCCGUAGAGGUUUUGGUUUGUACUAAUUAACGUUUGUGCAAAGAUGGGAUAGAAAGAGGAACCAUUUUCCUUUA